AUGUUUGAAGGGAAGCCAUUACCUCCUGCCACCAACAGGGAAGCCAUUACCUCCUGCCGCCAACAGGGAAGCCAUUAUCUCCUGCCGCCAACAGGGAAGCUAUUACCUCCUGCCGCCAACAGGGAAGCCAUUACCUCCUGCCGCCAACAGGGAAGCUAUUACCUCCUGCCACCAACAGGGAAGCCAUUACCUCCUGCCACCAUCAGGGAAGCCAUUACCUCCUGCCACCAACAGGGAAGCCAUUACCUCCUGCCACCAACAGGGAAGCCAUUACCACCUGCCAACAGAAGGAGCGGUCCGACCAGCGAGAGCGGUCCGACCAGCGAGAGCGGCCCGACCAGCGAGAGCGGCCCGACCAGCGAGAGCGGCCGGACCAGCAAGAGUUGCCCGACCAACGAGAGCAGCCCGACCAGCGAGAGUGGCCCGACCAGCGAGAGUGGCCCGACCUGCGAGAGUUGCCCGACCUGCGAGAGUGGCCCGACCAGCGAUAGCGGCCCGACCAGCGAGAGCGGCCCGACCAGCAAGAACGGCCCGACCAGCGAGAGUUGCCCGACCUGCGAGAGUGGCCCGACCUGCGAGAGCGGCCCGACCUGCGAGAGUUGCCCGACCAGCAAGAGCGGUCCGGCCAGCGGCUGA